AAAUCCCUCGUUCCUACAUGCUCCCAGUCCACACGUCUUUCUCCUCCCCUUUCCUUCCUCUUUCAAACAUCACAACCCACACCUUCUCCAUAUAAAUAUAUACCCUUCCCUCUUCCCUUCCUCAUUCAAAUUCCACAACACAACAUAAGUACACAACACAAAACAAAACAAAAUCAUAGUAUAUCAUUCUCAAUCCAAGAAACAUGGUUGAUUUACAUUGCAAAUCAAAGGUGCUAUCUCCCAACAUGUCUUCCAAAACCCCCAAAAUCUCUCUCACCUCCAACAACUCCACCUCCCUCCCAUCCUUAAACCUACCCUUCCUCACCAACAGCGAAAUCUCCGCCGCCGCGCCACCUCUCUGCGCCGCCUACGACCACUACCUCCGCCUCCCGGAGCUCCGAACCCUCUGGAACGCACGUGACUUCCCUAACUGGACCAACGAGCCAAUCCUAAAACCCGCCCUACAAGCCCUCGAGAUCACGUUCGGCCUCUUCUCCACAGUUCUCUCCGACCCCAGACCGUACGCGAACCGCAGGGAAUGGAACCGUAGAGUAGAGUCCCUCGCCACGCGUCAGAUCGAGAUCAUCUCGAUCAUCUGCGAAGACGAGGAGGAGAAUCCAGAUACACGCGGCACCGCGCCAACCGCUGAUCUCACCACCAGCGAGACGAGUACCAGAAGCUACAGUGAAACCAGCCUCCUCCCUCGUCUCGCCACGUGGUACAGAUCCAAGGACGCGGCGCAGAGGAUCCUUCUCUCCGUGGAGUGCCAGAUGAGGCGGUGUCCCUACACGCUAGGUUUGGGAGAACCGAACCUGGCCGCGAAACCGAGCCUGAUGUACGACGCCGUUUGCAGACCGAACGAGGUUCACGAACUGAAAACGACGCCGUAUGAUGACCGAGUUGAGAAUCAGGAGAAUCUUACCUUACACGCGACGCACCAGAUCGUGGAGUCGUGGAUCCACGCGCUGCGGAAGGUUCUGGAGAGAGUAGCGGCGGCGAUCGAGGGGAGAAGGUUUGACAAGGCGGCGGAGGAUUGCUAUACGGUGGAGCGGAUCUGGAAGCUUAUCGCGGAGGUGGAGGAUGUUCAUUUGAUGAUGGAUCCUGGCGAUUUUCUGAGGUUGAAGAAUCAGUUGUCGGUUGGAGGCGAAACGGCGUCGUUUUGCUUCAGGUCGAGGGAUCUGGUGGAGGUGACGAAGGUUUGCAGGGAUUUGAGGCAUAGUGUGCCGGAGAUACUCGGCGUUGAGGUGGAUCCGAAGGGCGGGCCGAGGAUUCAGGAGGCGGCGAUGAGGCUGUAUGUGGCGGAGAAGGUGAGUGGGGCGGAGAAGCUUCAUGUGUUGCAGGCGAUGCAGGCGAUUGAGGCGGCGAUGAAGAGAUUCUUUUUCGCGUAUAAGCAGGUGCUUGCGGUGGUUAUGGGGAGCUCGGAGGCGAAUGGGAACCGAGUUGGGGUGAGUCGUGAUGGGGGUGACUCGUUGACUCACUUGUUCCUUGAGCCCACGUAUUUUCCUAGCUUGGAUGCCGCCAAGACUUUUGUUGGAUACUUUUGGGAUAAUGGUAACAAAUGGGUGUGAAGAAGUAUGAUGAUACAUGAACACAACACACAAACAAAGACAUGGUGUAGAGAUUGAUAGUGAUACAAUUAAAAAAAAUGUGAUCAAGAAAUUCUUUCUUUUUAACUAUAAUUGAAGUGGACUAAAUUUUGUCAUGAGUUGUUCUUGUAUGAGUCGAUGAUCAUUGUAAAAUAUUUUAACAAUUUUUUA